AUGGGUGGAAUUUCGUCCCUCAAAUUGCUGCCCUUUGUGGCUAGUUGUGCCUUUGCUGGUGUCAAAUAUCCUCAGAUUCCGACGGAUUUGACUACACCAUUCCAGCAGCGAUUGUCAGUCUAUGGACCUGAUGCUGUGUCCGUUGCUUGGAACACCUACGGACAGCUGGAACAGAGUUGUGUGAGCUAUGGCUUGUCAGAAAACAACCUCAAUACCAAAGCGUGCUCAUCUUUGUCGACCACCUAUGACCCCUCCCGGACGUGGUCGAAUGUCGCCGUUCUAACAGGUCUGACACCUGCGACAACCUACUACUAUAAGAUCGAGUCCACCAACUCGACCGUCAACCAUUUUCUCAGCCCCCGCACGCCCGGCGAUAAAACCCCCUUCAACAUGGAUGUGGUCAUUGAUUUAGGUGUCUACGGCAAAAACGGCUUCACAUCCAAAAGCGCAAAGAAGGACACCAUCCCAGUCGUUGAGCCAGAACUAAACCACACCACAAUUGGUCGCCUCGCGAAAACGAUCGACGACUACGAGCUUGUCAUCCACCCAGGAGACUUCGGUUAUGCCGACGACUGGUAUCUCAAGUUCGCAAACUUGUUCGAUGGCAAAGAAGCCUACGAGGCCAUUAUCGAACAAUUCUACGACCAACUCGCACCAAUCGCAGGCCGCAAGCCCUACAUGGCCAGCCCCGGAAACCACGAAGCAGACUGCUCAGAGAUUCCAUUGCUGAACGGCCUCUGCCCCAAAGGUCAAAACAACUUCACUGAGUUCAUGCACCGUUACGAGAAGACCAUGCCGCAGGCUUUUGUUUCCUCGUCAACCAAUACAACUGCUCAAACCCUGGCUCGCACGGCCCGCAACCUUUCAAACCCGCCCUUUUGGUAUUCGUUCGAAUACGGCAUGUCCCACGUCGUAAUGAUCAACACCGAAACAGAUUUCCCCAACGCACCAAGCGGCAAAGAUGGCUCCGCCGGCCUGAACGGUGGGCCAUUUGGCACUCCAAACCAGCAGCUUGAUUUCCUCAAGGCUGAUCUCGCUUCCGUCGAUCGGAGUGUUACCCCCUGGUUAAUUGUCACCGGGCACAGACCGUGGUACUCAACUGGAGGAUCGUCGAACAUCUGCAGUCCCUGUCAAGAGGCGUUUGAGGGUCUGUUCUACCAGUACGGCGUUGAUCUUGGUGUUUUCGGCCAUGUGCACAACUCGCAGCGAUUUGCGCCUGUUGUUAAUGGUACCGCUGAUUCCAACGGCAUGGAAGACCCUAAGGCGCCCAUGUACAUCAUUGCUGGUGGCCCGGGUAACAUUGAGGGUUUGAGCUCCAUUGGCAGUAAGCCUGCUUAUACCGAGUUUGCGUAUGCCGAUGACUUUAGCUACAGUACGCUUAGGUUUUUGGAUGAGCAGCACUUGCAGGUUGAUUUCGUGAGAUCUUCUACUGGAGAGAUUGUGGAUUCUAGUACUUUGUUUAAGAAGCAUGCCACCGAUUUUGUGGACCAGUGA